AUGGUGGACGUUCUCCGGCGCUUCGCAACCGGUUUCAGUGCGGCGGCGUUCGGCGUCGGGGCAGACAACAUGCGAACGCUCUCGCUUGCAGUGGCCGUCGCGUACUGCUUCCUGAGCCUGCCUGCCGGUCCGGGACAGGUAGUGAGCUACGCCGGUCAAAUAGCAUUCCAGACAGACCCGCCCAGCUUGAUUGCCUUCUACGAGUCUGUCAAGAAUGUCCUCAGCAGGACACUCAGGCCGAAGGACCGGGCGAAGUUCUUGGAGACACUGCGACAGCGAAAGGCGCUGCAGCCGGAAGUCCCCUCGGACCGGCCCUUCCCGUGCGACACCCGCCUCGGCCGCUCGCCCUCCCCGCCGGACUCUGUGCACCGCCUGAGGCCCGGAGACAUCGACGUCAUCGCCGCACUGGGCGACAGCCUCACCGCCGGCAACGGUAUCCUAGCUGCCAACAUCAUGCAAGUGCUGGCGGAAAACAGGGGCGCCUCCUGGUCUAUUGGUGGGGAAGGCAACUGGAGGCAGUUUCUGACGCUGCCGAACAUUCUGAAGGAGUUCAACCCUCGGCUUGUGGGCUUCUCGUUGAACGACUCGUCAGGCCACGAGAAGGCGUCACAGUUCAACGUGGGCGAGAUAUUCGCCAUGAGUCGGGAUCUUCCGUGGCAGGCGCAGCUGCUCGUACGGCGCAUGCGCGCACAUCCCGAUGUCGACGUUCAGCGGCACUGGAAGUUGGUAACAAUACUGAUCGGAGCCAACGACUUCUGUAACGAGCUGUGCGUGGGCGACACGGCCCGCCACGCCGUGGAGGACCACAGGAGGGACCUGGUGGCGGCGCUGGACUGCCUGCGCGAGCAGCUGCCUCGCACGCUCGUCAACGUCGUUGUCGUUCCAAAUUUGGAACUGCUGAGAAACUUCACGGGCCGGACGUCAGAAUGCGCUGCGCUCGUCACACUGCUGUGUCCCUGCAUCUUCCAAUCGCGGGAGCGGCACCGCCUUCCGGAGUUCGUCGAGGUGAUGCGUCGCUGGCAGCAAGUCGAAAUAGACGUGGCGGCGGACAACAGAUAUGAUGGGCUCAAUGACUUCGCCGUGGUGAGCCAGCCGUUCGCGAAGAACGCUACAUUUCCUACGGUUAGCCUUGGCUACACGGAUUUCUCUUACUUUUCGCCUGACUGUUUCCACUUCAUACAAAAAGCGCAUGCCAGAGCUGCGAACUCCCUUUGGAACAACAUGCUGGAGCCGGUGGGCUACAAAUCUGUUGAUUGGGAGGAGCCCUUCACGAGAUUCCUGUGCCCAUCCGAAGAGCGGCCGUACAUUUACACCGGCGGCAACAGCGAUCUGUGACCACUCGUCGCUUAGUCGGUGCUUGCUAAUUCAAGUCAUCAAAACCGGAAUGAAAGAAUGGUGCCAUACUUCUUUAGCCUCAUACGCCAAUGUGUUUCAUAUGUGGUUCAAACAAUUAUCGCCUUAGGGCAUAAGAAAUUAAUAUGACACAAACUCUCAUCAUGUUUUAGAGGAGCAAUGUGGCAUUACUCAGCCCGUUGAGAACCCUAGUUGCAAUAUGAUUUCAUUUCACUUGAAUGUGCUCAUAUGUAGCAGCGUCAAUGGAGCACGUAUUUAAGACUGAUACGAGUCAUAUAGUGAUGAAGAGUUUAUUUCAUUCUGUACAAAUCCGUAUGUUAGAGCAUGAUAACGAUUAUAAUACAGCAAUAUGCGUGUCAAUGCUA